GUUCUCCAGUUCCAUUUUCAUCUAAUGGUGUCCCCUGCUACUCCUGCCGACGACACCCAUGGCUCCGAGCGCAUGUUUCGCCGCCACCAGGAGCUCAUGCGGCUGUACUCAUCCUCCACCCGCCGUAGCAAUAGUGUCAGCAGCGAUGCCAGCUCCAUAGUCCCUCGCAGGGACAAACACGUGUCACAAAACGACUUGGAGGUACUCAAGCAGAAUUUCCAGUUCAUCCGCGACGAUGAGGAAGACGCCAAGAAGGGCGAGACGGACUGGCAAGUCCGCAUGAGUGUGCGCUACUACCGGCAGCUUUUUCGCGAAUACGCACUGGCCGAUCUAUCUCGCUAUAAGGAGGGCAAAAUUGGGCUUCGCUGGCGCACGGAGACGGAGGUUAUAGCAGGCAAAGGGCAGUUUUCAUGCGGCAACAAGCGGUGCGAUGAGCGCACGGGGUUGCACAGCUACGAGCUGUUAUUCGCAUAUAUAGAGCAUGGAGAGCGAAAGCGAUGCUUGGUCAAAGUGCGAGCGUGUAGUGCGUGUGCCGAGAAGUUAUUUUACAAGAAGCUGGUGGAGAUGAGGAAGCGUAAGGAGAAGAAGAGGGAACGGAAGCGACGACGGCUGGAGAGUGGAUCCGACUCACGGAAGGCCAAGCGACGUAGAUCACCGUCAAGUAGCGGUAGUGAGCGCGAGGUAGGUGACAACGCAGACGUCCACGACUUGUGUGUGAAGAUCAAUGCUGAGCAGAAAGCGACGUAUCCUGGUGUUACAACUAGGGCAGACGCUAGGGGAAAUGGUUCGGAUAAACGUGGAGGCGGGUUUGACGAGCUACUGCCUUGAAUAAACAAGUAUCCUCAACGCUUGCGAGUGUUUGAAUGCUGUCCCUCUUACUCGUAGUCCUUGAGCCAGCCCUUCUCCUUCGCCUCCUUGAACAUUUCGGUGAUUGCCUCGCGUUCUCCCUGGACAAGAUCCGGAUGCCAAACGUCGAAAAGCAACAGCACACGAUCUCCCUCCUUUCCGUUGUGCCAUACCUCAUGAUCAAAAGCGUCUGCAGGUUCACUUAUGUCAAAAACCAACAGAGAACUACUGCAUAAACUUUACGUUUCGUACCAUCC